UAACUAAAAGCCCCCUCACACUCUCUCUCUCUUUCUUUCUCUCUCUCUCACACACACACAUACACACACACACACACACACACAUACUUGCUGCAGUGGUGAUGGUGCGCUCCCGGGCGUCCGGUGCAGGUGGAGGUGGUGUGUGUAGCUGGCUGGCGGCGCUGCUGGCGCUCUGGUCCAUGGUGUCGGUGGUGGUGAUUGUGGUGUGGGCCACGUGGGCCCCCCGGGUGGGCUCAGGGCGGUGUGAGGCUCAGCGGCGCGCCCUGCUGGAGAACACGGUGGGGGCGAGAGUGAUGUGGGAGAGAGAGAGACAGACAGCCGAGACAGAGAGACAGCUCAGCACCGACACACAGACACGACUGCAGAGAGAGAUACACAACAUCACACACACCAUCACACACACCAAACUGAUGCUCACACACCACCUGCACACACAGGCUGUGUUGAGGGAGAAUCUCACAGCUCUACAGGAUAAGGUGCAGCAGUACGAGCGUGUGCUGGAUAAACUCACUACUGAACACACACACUGCACAGGGCUGAUGGAGGAGUUGCAGGUGAACGUGUCUCGUGAACAGCAUCAGCUGGACUCAUGUUCAUCUCUCUGUGAUGCUGCGAGGAGUGGAUACGCCGCCGCUGAGAGUCAGAGAAAAGCCUGUGAAGUACACACCAAAUACCUGCACACACAACUUGAGAAGUGUAAGCUCUGGAGUGUGACGUUCAGCUGAAACCCAAUGAGACCUUCUUCUUCGCUCACUUCCCCUGCUAGUGUUUAUUCAUCAGUUGUUUUCUCUUCUUCACUACGUUACUGCGGAUUGUUCAGCUUUGAAACGCAAUACAGCCAAAUCAACACGUGAUUAUUUUCACACCGCACAGUGAUUAUGAGCUUUUCUGAUAUUAAAUCACCGCCGCCGCUGAGGAUGAUUGAGAUUUAAUAUUUUAUUAUUUUUCUGAGUGCUAUCAUUUAUGGUAAAAAAAUAAAAUAAAAACUUUGUAUGUGAUAUAAUAAAUGGUGUGAUAAAUGUGUUUCAGUAAUUUUGCAAGUCUAUAAACACUACUGUAUGUCUGUAAAAGAUGAACCUGGAGGUGUGCAAACGUUUUGCAUUUUGAAAAUAAUAAUACAGUUAUUGUAAAGUCACAAACCUCCUUAUUAUAGCAGAGCAGAUACAUUUUUCAAAUAUAAUCCAACAUUAAUCAAUAUUAUUCACAAUACACAAAUUCAUGUGUAUUAUAUUAUAUUUGCUGAUUGGAGCCAUGGGAGAUCUGACUUUAUUAUUAUUAUUAUUAUUAUUAUUAUUAUUAUUAUUAUUAUUAUCAUUUAUGUCCAUUACCUGAUUUGUACUUUUUUGUCUGUCUUUUUCCCCCACAUGGAUAAUAGAUAACAAUGAGGAUUUUUACAUGUGCAACUUCACAUUUUUAUCUCAGGGCCCUGAGAUACCAUACUAACUCAAAUAAAGACACUUUAUUCGCA